GGAAAGUUGUGGAAAUAUUUCCUGUUUGAGUCAGAACAGGUUUGUCCUGCGGCUGAGAGCUAAGCACAUCGACAGAAAAGUGUCUUCAGCUAUUUCCAGGUAAGCAGUCAUAGAUCCCAAGUGGCAACAUGGACGCCUCUCCAGGCGUCUGUCGUCAUCAGAGUGUUCCUGUCGAGACAGACGAGAGCAUGGCCGCCUCCGGGCUAGACUUGGACUGGGUACCUGUCUACCAGCAGUGCAUUGAAGGGCGACUAGGGACCAGAAGUAGCAUCGAGGACAUCCAUUACAACCGGGAGAAACUCCUUCAGCGCUAUUUCCAGAGUGAACUCACAUCGGAAGGUGUUCCCACUUCGGAGCUACAACAGAUAGGACCCGAUUGGCCUGGUUUUACCAUCCAGGAAAACGGACCUGAGGGGUCUGUGGAUGAGGCACACGGCUUGGAGCCACCUCUCCCACUUAUGUCCAAUGUCAUUCCCGAAAACUGUAUCCCGUCACCGUUUCCUGCGGCGUGUUUUCACGGUCAAUGUCUCGGUCCAAGCCAGGGGAGAUGUCUGAGACCGUGCAUGUGUCACCAUGGAGCAAACUCACCUUUUCCCAACUACAAACCCAGUCCUGAUGUUAACAUGCACCCAAAGAAUCCCCGACUCAGGGCGCCGUCAUUCCAGCCGCCACGGAACCUGGCUCCCAGGGAUGUCAUGUAUGAGGUCCUUUUAAAUGAUCCCAGACAGGUAGAGCCCGGACCAGGAACUAAGGAGACCAAGUGGACCUUCAGUCUGCCAAAGGAGUACAGGAAUGUUUUCAUCACAUAUUCUGUAGACAUCGCCGCAGAGAUGACCCCCUUCACCAAAUUUCUGACGAGCCAGGGCUUCAAACCGGCAAUUGACAUCUUCGACAGUCCCAUCAGGCGGAUGGGCAUCACCAGAUGGAUGGACCGGUUUUUGAAUGAUAAAUCAGUCCUCAUCAUCGUGGCCAUCAGUCCCAAAUAUAAGGAGGAUGUGGAGGGGGAUGGUAAUGACGAGCACGGAAUGCACACCAAAUACAUUCACAACCAGAUCCAAAAUGAGUUCAUCCAACAAGGCUGCUUGAACUUCAGGUUUAUCCCAGUCCUGUUUCCCAACGCUACCAAGAAACAUGUCCCCAGUUGGCUCCAAAACACAAGGAUCUACAGGUGGCCCCAAGACACCCAGGACCUGCUGUUGCGCCUGCUGAGGGAGGAGCGCUACAUCAUUCCACAGGCGGAAACACCCCUCACCCUCACCGUCCGUCCUCUUUGAAUGAUGCGGGUCAGGGGUGAGCUGGAAACUAUCCCAGCUGACUUUGGGCUAGGGGCGGGAUAAAACUACAAAAUCAGCAGGGGAUCAUAUACUUAUUUUUGACUUUGAAUUACAAAUUCAGAAUUACAAUUUCUGAUUCUGAAGUAUGAUCUAUUCUAUGUGCUUUUGAUCUGUACUCGUUUAGAGCUCACUCUUUUCCAAAGUGCUGGUUUGUGGAAAAUACACAUGAUUUGGAUUAACGCAAAAUACAUAAUCGAUGGACUUGUGUAUAAUUUACAGCUAUUUUGUAGUUACAAAUUAUAUUCCAUGACCACCACCAAUGAUAAUCGUAAUACUAAUACUGAUAUUAUAAGAUAUAUUUUCCAGAAAAAAAAAAAAACACCAUUCCACAAUGCACUCAGGUUUGUGGUAGUGUAAUAACUACAAGUCACCAAAAGAUGGCAUCAUUUCUCACGUAAUACGACUCAAAGAGCCGCUUACAAGCACACAAAAACAUUUGUUGUUUCUUUACUGUGUCGUUAUUCAUCCCAAUUUGAACAAUCUUUAAAACAGGAUAUUCACAUGCGUCGUGAGAAUAUGUCUUAACGAGAACAAGUGAUUCCUGCACUGCGGAGAAACAAGAGACUUAUUAACAGCAAACAUCCUGCUCUUAAAUUCUCAGCAGGAACCUCAUGUCAUGCUCAUCUGCAGACAAGCGGUCCCACCAGUCUGUUUCUUACCCCUGACUAAAAAUGGCUUGUUCCUUGCAUCUUUUAUCAGACCCCUACUUCCUGUAAUCACAGGGCUUGCCAAUGCCAAUAAAUCAUACGUUUAUUGUUCAAGAGCUACAAACCACUCCACAAGGCCCAUCCGUCUCCCAUACUCCCUAUAAGGCCAAUUUGUUGAUAUUUUUGUCUAUAUAAAACACACUAUACAGCCAAACCAAUGUACUGUAUUAUAUAUAAUGUAUAUAAUAGAUAU